ACAAGGCAUUUUAGUGUAGUUAAUAUUUAAAAUAGAAAUACUAGACUAAAUUAGAGAAAAAGUUUUUAGCAGAAUGGCUAUGAUUGAUAAUGACUUGGUUUGUAAUUUCAAAAAGUGUAGAAAAAGACUAGUUAAUAAUGCAUGGGUGACGUCUUGUUCACACACUUUUUGUGAUGAAGAUGGAACAAGAGAAUUUUCUAAGGCAUUGGUUUGCCCUGCUUGUGAAACAAAUUUAAGUGGUAAACAUGAUAUUGUUCGCCAUGAUUUACAACCUGCAGAUCAGUACAAAUCUAUGAUUUUGGCUGGUUUAAAACCUGAAAUUAUUAUGGAAAUUGCAUCAAGGGCUAUUGCUUUCUGGACGUACCAGUCGCAUCAGGAAAAGUUGUUUCAUGAGUAUUCUUCAAAUAAAAACAAAGAAUCAAGAAAUAAACUUGAACACUACUAUGAACAACUUGUUAACAAAUUGCAAGCAGAAAUUAAGUCUGUGAAAGUGGACUUAACAUCAAAAAUGAAAGAGCUUUCAGAGACAAAGCAAAGGUUCAAUGAAAUAAGUGAGCAACACCAGGAAAAAUCCAGACAACAUCAAAAAUUGCAGAUUAUGUAUGACACACUAAGAAGACGUUCAAUAAAUCCUGCUGCUUUGGAGGAAGUUCCCCCUAAACCAGCCAUUCCCGCUUCAAAAAGCAGUCAAUUUCAAAUUCCUUUUGGCUCUGCUUCAUUUGGUUCAAAUCGACAUUCCCAAUCUUCUAUAAUCGAAAUGCCCAAGAAUCAAAAACUUGUGAGUUGCCAUAACUCUCCUAUUCACGUCGAGGGAGAAAGUUUUGUUUUAAGACCCUAUCCUACUCCAGUUGCUCAUCAAGAAACUGAAGAAAAUUUUAGUAAUCGUUUUACGUUACACAUGAACACACCAAACUCGAAGUAAAAUCAUAUGCUUAAUUUACUUGAGUUUUUUCAUUUACUUGGGUAUUCAUAUAUUAUUUACUAGUUAGUUUUUUCAAUUUACUUGGGUAUUCAUAUAUUAGUAAUUAACUAUAUUUAUAGCAAUCUAUUUACAAUUAAUUGUAAUAAUUUAAACAAUUUGAUAAGUUUAUUUGUUUCUAGAUAAUUCUCCAAAUAAUAUGUUAAGAGUUUUUAUAAGAACAUUGUGUUAAAAAAAUAAUAGUUAAAA